AUGGAUGGCCUCAAAGGAUUACCUGGAGAUGCAUUCAAAGGAAUAAACGGAAUCCGUGGUGAUCGUGGCGCUCCUGGUAUUCCUGGCUCUCCCGGACCGGUUGGCCCUCGCGGACAGCCUGGCUUAAAUGGGGCACCGGGAUUACGUGGUCAACCGGGAAUUAUUGGUUUUCCAGGUUUACCCGGUUCAUCUGGCGCACCAGGAUUUCCGGGAUUAAAAGGAACGAUUGGCUCAAGCGGUUUUCCUGGAGCCCCUGGACAACCUGGAGAACGAGGUGGGGUAGGAAGAAGCGGUCUUCCAGGUCUACCCGGUCUUCAAGGACUAAGAGGAGAUAACGGACGAGCUGGCAGAGCAACAGAAUCAGGACCAAAAGGGCAGCCCGGUGACGCUGGAGCGCCAGGCUUUCCAGGAGCAGUUGGUCUUCCUGGUGAUCUUGGUCUUCCGGGUUUUCCAGGACCAGUUGGACCAAGCGGUAGACCAGGCAGCAACGGUUUACCGGGACUUCUUGGUGAAAAAGGCAACAGUGGUUUUAGUGGUGCCCCAGGUCGACCAGAUCAUGACGGUUUUUUUCUAUAUAUUGCAGGACUACCGGGCUUGCAAGGAGCCAAAGGAACAAGAGGAUACAGUGGUAUUCCUGGUGUGAAGGGUAUCCCAGGAGACAGUGGUGGCCGUAGUUUACCAGGCUUAAGAGGAGAACCGGGACGCGAUGGAACUCCAGGAAGACCAGGUCUUAGAGGGCCUCCCGGAGAACCUGGUCCAAUGGGUCUGAAGGGCAGAGACGGACAAGGUGUUCGAGGCGGAAGAGGAUUGCCAGGUGAUCGAGGCCAGCCAGGAUUACCAGGUCGUCCUGGCGCACCCGGAUUCCCAGGAAGAGACGGAACCAUAGGAACUAGUGCACGAGCAGGAUUACCUGGACUUAAUGGUCAAGAUGGUAUACCAGGUAUACCAGGUGGUGCUGGCUUGAAAGGCAUGCAGGGAUUGCCGGGACCACAAGGCAACAGGGGUCUCUCAGGAAGAGCAGGUUUCCCUGGAGAUAACGGUUUUCCUGGACCAGUUGGAUAUAAAGGACAGCCAGGUGAUGCAGGAUUACCGGGUAUGGAUGGAAGAAAUGGACUUCCUGGUCUAAAGGGAGAAGAAACACGAAUCCAGGCGCUAAGAGUGCCUGGCAUACGUGGAGAACCAGGUCAACCGGGGCCCACAGGUACUCCCGGUCGUCAGGGUAGUCCGGGUCAAAGUGGACCAAAAGGAAGUUUUGGCUUAGUGGGUGCUCCAGGAAUUCCAGGCAGUCCCGGCGGUCCAGGGCCAAAAGGACCAUUGGGGGAUGUCGGACUACAAGGAGCCGCUGGAUUUCAUGGAUUGCCUGGUUCACCUGGUGUUAUGGGUGUACAAGGUGCUCCUGGAGAAAGUGAAGGAUCCUUUGUCUUUGUAAGACAUAGUCAAAGUACAACGACACCUACUUGUCCAUUGGCCACUCAAACAAUGCACGAUGGGUUUUCAUUUAUGGGCAUUCAAGGUGAUACAUAUGCAGCUCAUCAAGAUUUAGGUGGUCCGGGUAGUUGUUUAACACGAUUUAGUGCCAUGCCAUUUUUAUUUUGUGAUAUCCAUAACACAUGUCAUUAUGCAUCGAGAAAUGAUUAUUCUUAUUGGCUAGCAACAAAUGAACCAAUGAAAAAUUCCAUGUCCACAUUCGAGCCAAAAGAAAUAAGAAGUUAUAUUAGUCGAUGUGUUGUCUGUGAAUCACCAUCACCAGUAUUCGCCAUUCAUAGUCAGUCUCAACGUCCUCCAACAUGUCCUGAUGGUUAUGACCAAUUGUGGACUGGCUAUAGUUUUGUGUUUACAUCUGCUGAUGGUGGUCGUGGUGAUCAACAGAGUUUACAAUCACCAGGUUCAUGUUUAGAAAGUUAUUUAGAUCGUCCAUAUUUCCAUUGUAAAGAUCAUUCGCAUUGUAAUUUUUAUCCAAAUAUGCUGUCAUUUUAUUUGGCGGCAUUAGAUGAAUAUUCUGGUUUUGAAAAACCAAAAUUGUUAACAUUAAAAGCCGGACAACAACGUCAACAUAUUAGUCGUUGCGCCGUAUGUCAUGCUAAUCUAUUUAAACAAACAACCAGAGGUCCAAGUGUAUUUUUUGCUCAAGUGAAAAAACAUUAA